GUAUAACGUACGCGUCGCAACCAGCCGCUUUUAUAUGCCGCAGCAUCUUCUCUAUUGGUUUCCUCGGCCGUGAAAAAUCCUCAUUCUCGCGUACGCCUAUCUGCAUAAACACAAGAAAUUGUCGUGGCAAAUGACUCAGCAAUAUGUAUCAGUGAUGUACAUUCGAGCUUCGCCGGCAAUCGUCGUCACACAGAUAGAGAGAGCAGUUUGUGUGCAUGAGUAAAGGGGAAAAACGUUUGCUAGCUGGAGCUCGAACACAAAUCACUAGUGCUAAUCGCUAUAUGCGUGCACAAGUGUAAAUAUAAAAGCGGUUACAAAUAAGCGGUCAAGAUUGUUAACUUCAGCGAUGAACGAGUUGACGCGAUACAUUUUUACUAGGACUGGUCUAUAUAAAUAUACUCUUAUAACAACAGUGUACAUUCUGAAAAGAGAAGAAAAACGUAUACAAAUUGUAAAUAUGAGAUUUAUUUUUUUCUUAAGAGGAAAACGCUUUUUGAGCACAAUGAGGACAUCAACUGUCAAUAAUUUGAUAAGUGACUUACCAAAAGGACCACUAGAUGCUUAUAGAAAACGUGCAACGUUUGACUGGAAAUUAUUCAAGUUGGCCUUAAAUGGAGAGGAUUCUCUAAAACAACAGAAUACCUUAUGGGACCUGGUCAAAACCAAUCCAUCAUUUCAAAGACUACCAAGAUCAGCAACAUUGGAUCAGAUCCGAAGACGCUGUAAUGCUGAAAUACAAGCAUUGCGUGAGGCUGAGUUCCAAAUACUGGGAGAUCAAAUAUGGUUACAUAACUUUUACCAUUAUGACCCAUCUGUAUGCAUAAAACUGGGUGUUUCUUGGGGCAUGGUGCCAAGUAGUAUAUUAGCAUUGGGUACUGAUCAACAUGGUUAUCUUAUAGAAAAGUUUGUAGAUGGAAGUUAUGUAGGCUGUUUUGCCUUAACUGAAAUUUCCCAUGGAACUAAUGCAAAAGGCAUGAGGACCACAGCGACAUAUGAUGUAGCAACAAAAAGUUUCAUUCUCCACACACCAGACUUUGAGGCUGCAAAAUGUUGGGCUGGUGGUUUAGGAAAAGUUGCAACACAUGCCAUCAUAUUUGCAAAACUAGUUACACCAGAUGGAGUGAAUCAUGGUUUACAUCCUUUUAUUGUACAGAUUCGUGAUGUGAGUACUCACCUACCCUUGCCAGGGGUCACCGUUGGUGACAUGGGUGAAAAGAUAGGACUGAAUGGAAUAGAUAACGGAUUUAUGAUGUUUAACAAAUAUUACAUACCACGUAGCUGUCUGUUAGAUCGCACAGCUAGUGUUACUGAGGACGGGACAUAUUCGCUCGCUAUAAAGAACGAGAGUAAAAGAUUUGGUUCAUCAUUAGGUGCAUUAUCAGGAGGUCGUGUCGCUAUUACCAAUAUAUGUUCAGAAUAUAUGAGUCUCGCGAUUGUGAUCGCAAUACGUUAUUGCGCUGUCAGAAGACAAUUUGGUCCUACAGAGGACAAUGAAUUGCCAGUCAUAGAAUAUCAAACGCAACAAUGGCGAUUAUUACCUCAUCUAGCCGCGACAUACGCGAUAAAAUUGUCUGCAAGAAAUUUUUAUAUGAAGCUAAUCGAGUUUAAUUUGAGUCGUUUCGGAGGUGGAAACGAGAAUCAAGACGUGAUGGCCAGCAAAGGAAUGGAGAUACACGCAUUGUCUUCCGCGGUAAAACCAUUUUGCUCCUGGACAGCUCGUGAUGUAAUUCAGGACUGCAGAGAGUCCUGCGGUGGACAUGGAUACUUGAAAAUGUCACGGUUGGGUGACAUAAGAGCAGAUAACGAUGCAAAUUGUACGUAUGAGGGCGAAAACAAUGUGCUUGUUCAGCAAGCGAGUAAUUGGCUAUUAAAUCAAUGGGAUAACGUAAUUAAAGGACAGCCUGUACUAUCUCCGUUUGGUUCCAUAGACUUUCUGCCUCAUGCAAAACAGAUACUCAAUACUAAAUUUUAUCAAAGAUCAAUAGAGAGCACGUUAGAGCCUAAACAGUUGAUCCACAUUUUCAAGUGGUUGGUGUGCUAUUAUGUAAAGAAAACGCAUCAACGUGUGAAGGAACUUAAAGUAAAUGGAAUGUCUGAUUUUGAUGCAAGAAAUAAUUCUCAGACAUUCCUGGCGCGGACCUUGUCUCUCGUAUAUGCAGAGCACUUUAUAAUGAAAACCUUCUACGAAUGUUUGCAAGAUCCAAAGUGGGACUCAAACGAACGACAGGUACUAACCGAUUUGUGUUCUCUGUUUGGAGCUGUAAUCUUGGAGAAGAGAUUGGGAGAUUUGUAUGCCGGCGGUUUUGCUCCUCCCAACUGCAACAUAGAUAACCUCUUACGAGAAGGAAUUAUAAAACUAUGCAAGAAAUUAGUCGAUAACGCGGUUGCGCUGGUCGACGUUUUAGCACCGCCCGAUUUUGUUCUUAACUCACCUUUAGGAAUGUCCGAUGGCGAGAUAUACAAACACAUGAAGGAAUGGAUAUAUAAUGAGAAAGAGAACCUGGAGCGUCCGUCGUGGUGGACUGAAAUUAUAAAAUCGAAACUAUGAUAUGAAAACAUGUGCAGUCUGCUUAUGAAAAUUACAUACCUUGUAACUUGGCGAUUUCUUAUUUAAGUGAUAACUCGCACAAUACGUCUAAAAUCGGGAUAUAAGACGUCUUAAAGAUGUCUCUCAGAUAUCAAAAUAUAAGACGUCUUAUGUCUCGAUUUUAGACAUUGUAUUGUUUGGGAAAAAAUACGUUUAAAGAUACGUAAAAGCUCGUGAUAAAUGCACAAUAUCGUAAAACCCUCGUUAUCGAAACUCGACUCUUCCAUUUUUGUUACUGUAAUUUGAUAACUUUUACAUUUAUGUGUAUUAUAAUAACAUAUUUGGAAAAGGUUUAUAUGACAAUAUUUUAUCGUGGAUUUAUAUAUUGUUUACACGUAUUGUAUAUGCAUUGUAAUAUCUAGAGAUACUUGUUAAAAGAUAUAUAUAUAUUUUAUAUAAAUGUAUUAUAUUUUA